AUAGCGAUUAGCGAGGGAAAGAUUAUCUCUCUGGAGAGACGAAGUAAGAAGUUCCAAGUUGGAGAGGUUAGGGCAAACAUCGAAUUCUCGAUUUCUAACUCGUUAAUCAGAAUUGAGAGAUUCAGGGAGAAGGAAAGAUGUUCUUCCAUAUAGUGCUGGAGAGGAACAUGCAGCUUCAUCCUCGCCACUUUGGCCGCAAUCUCCGUGAAAAUCUCGUUUCCAAGCUCAUGAAAGAUGUCGAAGGCACUUGCAGUGGUCAACAUGGAUUUGUGGUUGCAAUUACGGGCAUAGAAAACAUUGGGAAAGGGAUGAUUCGUGAUGGGACAGGCUUCGUCUCAUUCCCCAUCAAGUACCAGUGUGUUGUUUUCAGACCAUUCAAAGGAGAGAUCUUAGAAGCUGUUGUUACCAUGGUCAACAAGAUGGGAUUCUUUGCUGAGGCUGGUCCUGUUCAAAUCUUUGUUUCGAACCACUUGAUACCGGAUGACAUGGAGUUCCAGACUGGGGAUAUGCCAAACUAUACAACAUCAGAUGGAUCAGUUAAGAUUCAGAAAGACAGCGAAGUGCGAUUAAAGAUAAUUGGAACCCGAGUAGAUGCUACUGAAAUUUUCUGCAUUGGCACCAUAAAGGACGAUUUCUUGGGUGUGAUAAACGAUCCUACGACUGCUUAAUGAAGGUAGGAUAUCGUGGGCAUGGACAUUUGCCCGUUUGCCUUGUGGCAUUCGAACUGUUGCAGACCCGAGUAGCGUGGAAUUUGUGUGUUUAACUGGGGGAACGUUUAGACUUGCCUUGUAAUCCUAGAACAGAUAAAACCAUUCUUGAACUUGUGUACAUUUUAAUCUUAUUUACUACUCACAACAGUCUACUAAUUCAUGUUUUAUUGUUUUGUGAUC